ACGGAGAAAUUCGCUCCUAACUUUUUCUUCCUACGAUCUCUCCAUUUGAGGUUCUAACUAGAAACGGGUCGAAACCCUGAAGAGCUAUAGGGUUCGACCGUUCAAAUAAUAAAAACAAAACGAAAAAGAAAAGUUAAAAAAGUUAUAUAUAUUGAUAGAUAGAUAGAUAGAUAUAGGCAUAUAUACAUCGAUGCAAGGAAUGAAGAUGAAGUCAUUGAUGUUGUUGUUGGCUUUUGCCUGCAUUUCGCGAGUUGUGGAUGCUCAUAUAGGAGAAUGGGACGAGGUAUGGCUGAAACGAGCGCAGGAGGCCAGGAACCGUACUCUUGAUACCUACGAGCCCAUCCCUGAACAUGUUGUCGCCCACUUGAACGUCAACGCAAAAAAGAGCUUAGACGAAAUAAAAAAUGAAAAUGUGAAGUCAAAUAGCACUCGGAGGCAUCUACAGAAGGGUUACACCGGUCCAUGCAUGGCGACCAACCCGAUCGACCGGUGCUGGAGAUGCCAGCCGAAUUGGGCGAAAAACCGGUUCAGGCUGGCGGACUGCGUGCUGGGGUUCGGGUACAAGACGACCGGCGGCAAGAACGGGAAGAUAUACGUGGUGACGGAUCCAUCGGACCGCGAACUUCUGAACCCUAGGCCGGGAACCCUACGCCACGCAGUGAUCCAAAAGGAGCCGUUGUGGAUCAUAUUUGAUCGCAACAUGGUGAUCACUCUCCAGCAAGAACUCAUCAUGCAAGGCGACAAGACCAUCGACGGGCGCGGCGUCAGAGUCGACAUUGCCUACGGCGCCGGAAUAACCAUCCAGUUCGUGAGCAAUGUGAUCAUCCAUGGCUUGAGGGUCCAUGACAUUGUCCCCAAGGAAGGCGGCAUGAUAAGGGACUCCGUCGACCACUACGGCCUCCGCACGGGGAGCGACGGCGACGGGAUAUCGCUCUUCGGGGCCCAAAACGUAUGGAUCGAUCACGUCUCCAUGACCAACGCCGCCGAUGGCCUCAUCGAUGCCAUCGAGGGCUCUACCGGGGUCACCGUCUCUAACAACCACUUCACCGAUCACAACGAGACGAUGUUGUUUGGUGCAUCGGAGAGUGCUACUCACGACGACAAAAUGCAAAUCACGGUUGCAUUCAAUCACUUUGGGAAGAGAUUGGUGCAGAGGAUGCCGCGCUGCAGAUUUGGAUACUUCCAUGUUGUGAACAACGACUACACGCACUGGAAAAUGUAUGCCGUUGGUGGGAGCAGCCAUCCGACUAUCAUUAGCCAGGGCAACAGAUACAUUGCUGAUCACCCUUUUGCUAAGCAGGUUACACACAGAGAGAGGACUCCAGAAUCAGAAUGGAGAAAGUGGACAUGGGUAUCGGAGGGAGACCAAUUUCUGAGAGGGGCAUAUUUUAUUGAGUCGGGUGAUAAAGAUUGGACGAAGAAGCAUCCUCAAUUCUACGACAAGAUUAUGGCUGCUCCGGCAACAAAAGUAGCAGAAUUGACUAAAUUUGCAGGUGCACUUGGUUGCAAGGAAGGAGUACCAUGUUAAUUAGCUAGGAAUUAAUCAAAGGAUAUCUAACGUUAGGAGGAACAUAUAUAGAUGAAAUCCAUAUAAUUUUACGUAUUUGUGUUUAGUUAGAUUUUCUCUUCCAAGAGAUUCUUUUCAUGGAUUUUGUAAAUUUAUGCUUUAUAUAUUAUUAGUUGAGUA